CUCAUAGACUACAUCUUAAGCCGCUCUCAUACACUAUACAUAUAGUCAUGACUCCAAAUUUACCCUUUGGUUCUAAUUUACUAAUUCGCAAAUCAAUAAAUCUUAUGGUUAUAAGUUUUCCUAAACUCAAAUCAAACAUGGCGGCUUUGGUCUUGCUCACGUGACAUGCCCUGAUACACUGCAGAGCGCCCACCCGGGGAGACAAAGAACACUCCCAGCGGAGGCAUUUCCCUUUCAACAAGCGAAACUUUAUUGACAAGCGGACGAACAAAGCACAAGACUGAACAAUUUCAUUGUGAUCCCAGGGAUGUAGUAGAACUUAAUAUGGAUGAAGAUGUGAAAGAAAUGGUCUGGGAGAGUGAGAAUAACUCUAAAUAUAAAGCACAUUUUAAAAACACUGCACAAGAAUCAUUUUAUACUUACAGCUAUCAGACUACUCCUAUGCAUCACAGGCACUAUGACAGAUCUAUUGUGAAGACUCUUCAUAAACCAUUCUUUAACACAGAAGUGUCAAAGCCUGAGAGAAACAUGGCUUUUGCAGAAAACACCAAGCUCACACAGCCUGCUAACCUCAGUAAACCUAAACAAAAUGGCAAUGGUCAUUCCAGUAUCUUUCCAGCACACUUCAUGCUCCUGCAAAACCCAGCAAACACCACAGAUGUAGAAUCAAGAAAACUAAGCAGAACUUCCAAUGCAGCUGUUGGAAAACCGAAUCACACCAUUGGUCCAGCUUUUGAAAAAUCUUUUCCAAUCAAAAAUACAGUUAGUCUAUCUUCAUGGAGUGGUGCUUGUCGCCGAAGCCCUAAGAAAAUGCAGAGGCGACAAAUUACUACAGUAGAAGAAACAGUACGUGAGGGGGAGAAAGAAAUCUAUAGACAAUUGAUUCAGGUUGUAACAGGAAAAACCUUUUUGUCCACCAAUUCCACAACGUUUCUUUCUCCAGAAAUAUCACAGAGAUUAAGUUCAAGUAGUGUAUCUGGCCAACCUGUUGCUUCAAGUCUGAGUUCUUUAGAGCCUUACAGUGGGGAUGUGGAACCUACAUACCAGCCUCCAGUUAGUUUAUUUUCAGAAAAGCGAACAGAAGUGCCACUUUCUCUUCAUACCACUUUCAAACUAUCAUGCGAGAACAGAGAUGUCAGCAAACACCAGCUUCACAAAGAACAUAAUCAUACUACUCAAGAGCAGCCUAAAGAUUCAGACUCUGUCAUUGUACUUGGUUCUGUUUCCAAAGAAGAUCAUCAUUCCAGCCGUCCAUUCUUUCAGGCAGAACUAUGGAUUAAAGAAGUCACCAGUCGCUAUGAUUCAAGAGCAAGGGAAAGGAGGAGACUGAUAGAAGAACAAAAAGCUCUUGCAUUGAAGCUUCAAAACCAGCGGCUACAUGAGCGUUCUGUACAUGAUGCUGUAGACUUAAAUCUUCGUGUACCUCUUGAAAAAGAGAUUCCGGUUACCUUACUUCCAAAGAAAGAAUCAGUGGAGGAGGAGCAGGAAUUCCCAGUGCUAACGCAGGAAAUGGAAAAAGAAAUUAAGCAUGCUCUUUAUGGUGGCAGCCAGGAUCAAGUUUUAAGUGAAGCAUUCCGCUUGACAAUUACUCGCAAAGAUAUUAUGACCCUAAAUAGUCUAAACUGGCUUAAUGAUGAGAUAAUAAACUUCUAUAUGAAUCUUCUGAUGGAAAGAAGCAAAAGGAAGGGCUUACCAAAAGUUCAUGCAUUCAACACAUUUUUUUUCCCAAAGUUAAAAUCUGCUGGAUUUCAAGCAGUGAAACGAUGGACAAAGAAAGUGGAUGUUUUUGACGCAGAUGUUUUGUUAGUUCCAGUUCACCUUGGAGUACAUUGGUGCUUGGCUGUGGUGGAUUUUAGGAAAAAGGCUAUAACCUACUAUGACUCUAUGGGUGGACUUAAUAAUGAAGCUUGUAGAAUAUUACUGCAAUAUUUAAAGCAAGAGAGCCAAGACAAGAAAGGAAUCCCUUUUGAUACUAAUGGAUGGAACAUGGGCAGCAAAAAAAGUAAUGAGAUCCCGCAGCAAAUGAAUGGGAGUGAUUGUGGAAUGUUUGCCUGCAAAUAUGCAGAUUACAUUACCAAAGACAAAUCAAUCACCUUCACCCAGCAUCACAUGCCCUAUUUCAGAAAAAAGAUGGUUUGGGAAAUUAUUCACCAAAGGCUGCUUUGAUGUCAGUAUUCUGCCGGUCACUCUGGUGAAGAAUUGGUCAAUCUUCAGAGUUGAACACGGACCAAGAAUUAAGUGCUUUUCCACACGUUUACGAUUGUAAAAUAAACUAGCACUGUUAUUUAUGACUGAUCUGGUCUAUAUUGCCCUGUUUGCCAAUUUCAUUAACUUUUUUUAUUAUU